GAACGCAUACUCUCGCACCCGGAUUGCCCGGUCGACCAGCGCCAUUUUGUUCUGGGCUGCCAAAGCGUGUUCGCCGGCGACCAGCAGACAUGGCUAGCGCUAGCUCUAGGACUCCAAAGUGCGGAAAUGUGCCCGUUCACGCGAAUCCAAAGUACAAGAAGUCAUCUGGGCAUCGUUGCGUCGUGUUUGGAUGUCAAAAUAACCAGCGGAAAAGGAGCAGGUUGCUUAGCGCUGUUUGCGAAGAGCACAAUACCCGUAGGGAAUCGUGCCGGUGCGGUGUUUUCAGCCUGCACCGAUUUCCAUCCGCAACGAAGAAUGACAAGCUGCGCCACCGGUGGAUAGCUGCAGUGAAUAGGAAGAACUACCAACCCAGUGAAAAUGCACGAGUUUGCUCCGAGCACUUUCUGGACAAGCCCACAGAGCAGAAUCCCGCGCCGGUGCUUCGCCUUGGCUAUAACAAGAAGGUGGUGAAGGGCAGGCGUCUGCUAAUCAGGCAGUCAAACGACCUCGCCAGUUGGUUGCCAAACGCGGCCAACCCAGUAGUGACCAUGACAAACAAGACCAAACUGAAAGUGCAGAGGACAAUGUUCUGCGUGCUUUAAUAAAAUGUGGCACCAA